AUGCCCAUAGGUCGACGCACACGUUUCACCGAUGUAGGAUCUACCACAUCCUUUACGAGGGAUGUUGUAAAGGAUGUUGGCUCGGCCAACCUAUCUUCUAGAACGAUCACUUCUUCGGAAGAAGAGAUUCUUAAGAAAGGCCUCGGCUUCGCCGUCUCCCCUAGACGGAUUCCAGCUACCGAAAUAAUUGCGAAAGUUGAGACAGCGGUCAAGUAUCUUGAUGCGGAGUCGGCCGCCCGCAGAGAUGUAGACAACAUCCUACAAAAAGCACGCUCCCCUAAACACAACAUUUCGAAAGAAAUGCACACCGCUCUCAAAACUUUGAAGGCUGAUGAUAGUAUUACUAUUCUUCCAGCCGACAAAGGUCGUGCCACAAUCAUUCUAGACACCCCAAUAUACCAUGAGAAAUUGACCGACUUAUUGGAGUCUGGUCCGUAUCGUGUAUUAAAGAAAGAUCCCACAGAUCGCUUGGCUCGCAAGCUUACCAACACCUUGCUGAACCUAAAGAAAAACAAUGUGAUGCAUGAACCGACCUAUCGUAGACUGAAACCCACACAAAAGCAACCUCCUAGAAUAUACGGGUUACCCAAGAUACACAAACCCACAGUACCAUUACGACCUAUAGUUUCAUGCAUAGGCUCCUUUGCCUAUAACCUCUCAAAGUACCUAGCUGAAAUUCUUUCUCCGCUCACCGGUUUGACUGAAUAUACGAUUCCCAAUUCGAGUGGUUUUGCAGAGUUCAUAGCAGAGCAAACCAUCGGUACUCAAGAACGCAUGGUUUCGUUUGACGUAGUUUCACUUUUCACCAAUGUACCGAUUGAGGGCGCAUGCAAUGCUACAUUGCAACGCUUACAAUCAGACAGCAAUUUAUCUACCCGUACCGCACUCUCACCGGAACAACUCACUCAACUCCUCGAGUUUGUUCUACGAUCCACAUAUUUUCUGUAUAAAGGUUCAUACUAUGAACAGACAGAAGGGGCAGCCAUGGGCAGUCCAGUCUCGGCUGUCGUGGCCAACCUAUACAUGGAGAGUUUCGAAGAAGAAGCGUUGGACACAUGUCCCCUCGCUUGCUUGCCUCGUGUUUGGAAGAGAUACGUAGAUGACACCUUCAUCAUAGUUCCCAUCUCUGAAAAAGAUAAGCUGCUUAAACACAUGAAUAGCCUUGAACCAACCAUCCAGUUCACAUCAGAGAUAGAGUGUGAAGGGAAGAUAGCAUUCUUAGACACUCUAGUUCAUAGACACGACAACCAUAGGCUCUCCACCUCAGUCUAUAGGAAGCCUACCCACACAAACCAGUACAUAGCGUUUGACUCUCACCAUCCCAUAUCGGUGAAGAGAGGUCUAGUGAAAUGUCUAUUUCACAGAGCUUCACGCAUUGUGACAAGUCCACAACAGCCAUGCAAAGAACGGACCCGUGUUCGCAGUGCCCUGAGUCUCAACGGUUACCCACGCCGUUUUAUACACAAUACCAAGAAUAGAUCGUCGGAACCCAGGUAUCAGAAGGUAUACAAGACUUUUACAGUCUUGCCGUACAUUGAUGGGGUCUCCCAACAAGCGCCGCCUAGAGAGCCAUGGCAUUCGAACGGUUUUCAGAUCAGAUACCACCCUACGUCAACAACUUACACGCCCCAAGGAUCCAAUUCCUCCACAUAG